AUGUUUAUUACAAAAUAUCAAUUAGAUGGAAAUGGAAGAUAUUUUAUAGUUAUAUUAUAUGGGACAUGGUUAAGUAUGGUUGUUGAUACAUUAAAUGAUAAACCGUUACUUUUACUUAUUUCUAUGGAUGGUUUUCGGUAUGAUUUAUUAAAUGCAACUCUUGUACCAAAUAUUUGGAAAUUUGCUACCGAAGGUUUAUAUUUUAAAGAUGGUUGUCGUCCACAGUAUCUCACUUAUACGGCACCAAAUCAUGUAUCAAUAGCAACAGGCCUUUUGGUUGAAAGUCAUGGAAUUGUUGGCAAUUAUUUUCACGAUUUUACCACUAAUACGACGUUCGAUUUAUUCAAUUCAACACAAAAAAUCGGAGCAGUGAAUAAUUCCUUAAUGGGACAUUUUUAUAAUGGUGAACCAAUAUGGCUUACCAAUGAACGUGGUGGCUAUGGAAGACGUUCAGCUACGAUGUAUUGGCCAACAGGAAGUGGACAUUGGCCAUCGGCACCACAUAAGCCAACAUUACACAAGCCAUGGUUGAAAUAUAAGAAUUUAACUCAAUGGUUGGAAGAUUUUGAUGAAAUUGUGGAAUUAUUUACGCGUGAAAAAGAUCCUUACAAUUUUAUUGCCUGGUAUAUUUCUGAACCGGAUCAUUUCCUACAUUUUAAUGGAUUUAAAAAUGGUAAACUUGAGGGAAAGAUGAAAGAGAUGGAUUUAUUAGUCAAAUAUAUCAAUGAUAAGUUAGAAAAGAAUCCAGAUCUAUUGAAACGAUUAAAUAUUAUUUUAACAUCGGAUCAUGGACAUGCUGAGAUUGAAGGUGCAUCAAAUGAAUUAUGCUUGAUAGAAGUGAUCAAUAUUGAUGGACUUGUAUUUGGUGAUCGAAUGAUUUAUGUUAAAAAUACCGAUCGAAAGCAUCAAAUUUAUUCAACUUUAAAGAAAGUUAUUAAAGAUGGUCAUUAUGGUAUCAAAGUAUAUUAUAAACAAGAUGUACCAGUAGAAUAUGGAUAUUCUAAGAAUGAUAAAAUUGGUGAUAUAUUACUUGAACCUGAACCCGGAUAUAAUGUUCGUAUUAAAUGUUCACAUAGUGAUCAAGAAAUUUCGCAACCGUUUUCUUUUUCAUCGCAUGGAAUGAAUCCAAAUCAUUGGACAAUGAAAUCUAUUUUAAUAAUGAAAGGACCAAUGUUUAAACAAAAUUAUCAGAUUGUUGGAACAGCAAACAAUCUUGACCUAUAUCCAUUGAUGUGUUAUAUUUUGGGUGUAAUACCAGCACCAAAUAAUGGUACCUUACAACAUAUGAUAGAUGUAUUAAAAAUGCCAACAACACCUUCAUUAUCAACUAAGGAAAUCAAAGUAAUUUAA